ACGUUUCGCCUUGAUCUACAAACAAAAAAUAAAAAGGGAACAAAACAAAUAAGUGUAUUGAUUUUUCUUAAAAUAAUUUUUCGUGUACAAAAUGUUUUGCUGUUUGAAAAGUUGUGUCAAUGGGUUCUCAUUAACGCCCAGUGUGCCAAUUAGGGUAAAAGAAAAUCCGAUUCAGUUGGACACUCUUCAUAUGGGCCAUGAAGUAGUAAUUGUAAAAGGUGGCCAACGGGCAUGUGGGUCUGGUUGUGUACUUGGCAAUGCACCACUUGUCCAAAACAAGGCUUACUUUGAGGUGAAGCUACAGCAAGGUGGUGUUUGGGCUGUUGGAUUAGCUUCACGGGAAACAGAUAUAAAUAAAGUUCAUGGUGGAGUAGACAAAGAAUCAUGGUGCUUAAACAGUGAUGGUACAGUCAGGCAUGACAAUGUAGAACUUUAUCAACUAAAAGCGGCCCCAGAGUUACAAACCGAUAUCCUAGUAUCAACAGGGUCACCACAGAAUCACAAAAAUGAAGAUAAUAUAAUUUCAGUGAUGCCUGUGGAAGGUGAUGUUAUAGGAUUAGCUUAUGAUCAUGUUGAGUUAAAUUUCUUUUUAAACGGAAAGAAUAUGGAAAUACCAGUACGUAGCGUUAGAGGGACAGUUUAUCCUGCCCUAUAUGUUGAUGAUGGUGCGAUAUUGGAUGUAAUCCUGGAUAAUUUUCGGUAUCCGCCUCCUAACGGCUUCGAGAAAAUAAUGGUGGAACAAUCUUUGCUGUAACAGAUGGAUCUCAUAGUAUAAUUGUGUGGACACUUGCUUGUGUGUGAGACUGUUAAAUUAUUUAUCCUUAACUUACUUAUAAACACCUCCUAACUAAGCCUCUAUUUAUGAAUUAGUUGACAUACGGAAGUUAUAUUUAGCGCGAAGGCUCGAUUCUUAAAUAUUGUUAAUUUUGUCUUACUGACCUUGAACUCUGUUAAUUCGGUCAAAAGUUCACGGUCAUAGUCAAGGCUACGGGCGCGUUGUAUUACAAUUAGGAUAUUUGACAUUCCUUUUUUAUAAAAAAAGUUCCUUAUCAAAGUAUUUAAAAACAUUGAUACAUAUUGUUGGUUUUUUUAAUUAAGCCAAAAUAUGAUUGAAAAUAAGAUUUUUAUUUGAAUUACGGUUUAGUUCAUAACCAUAUCUAUUUAUUAUCUAUUAUGGGGCAAAGAUAAAAAACGCGCAUUGCACAGACUAGAUGCGUAUAAGAUCGUACCCAUAGAUUAGAUAUCUUUUAGAUUGGGUCUUUAAGUAAUAAUUACGAAAAUGAGACGGUAUUGUACACGUCGCUAGAACAAAAAUAUUUUUGCCAGUACCUCUCGUUCCAAAUCAUUGAGAACUUGUAGUAAAUUGAAAUUUAAUAUUUUUUUACGAAUCUUAGAAAUUUUUAAAAAUAAACUUAAAUGUGAUGGUUUCUUAAGAGGUGAUUAUAAGUAGGAUGUCAAUGUAUAUGGUGUAGUAGCUAUAUGGCUCUAACUUAAUCUAUUUUUCUAAUAAAAAGCUCAUUUUGAUGUAUGAUAAUCAUGUAAAUCUUUAAAAUCGAUAAGCUUAAUGUCAAACUUUUAAUAAUUUUGUUCUUAAUAUGUAAAGUUCAAAACAUUCUUAUAGUAUCUUUUAAUUUCUCUAAUGUCAGUAACAAUAUUUUGUUAACCGUACAAUUUGUAUAUGUCUAAGUAAUUUG